AUGCUCUUGGAUUUAAGUUUACACAGCGUGCAAGGUGUGUUUUGCAUACCGCUAGUAAUAGCGGCAUUCGUUUUGCACCGUUGGCCAAUUGGAGACAUCUUGUGUCAGUUAUACGCUGUUCUCAUCAGCGUGUCAGUAAACUGUUCCGUUGUGACGCUGGCCAUAAUCAGUGUGGACCGUUAUUUCGCCCUCUCAAAACCAGUGGAGAGCAGAGCCCAUCUGACCUUCACCAAACGACGCUACAAACUGAUCAUUAUCGCCAGCUGGCUGCACUCGGUGUUCUGGGCCAGCGGUCCGUUAUUGAAAUGGGGAAGCACAAAGUUGGACGAGUUUACGCACACUUGCAAACCCGAUUGGGGAGGGGAAGGGCUGGCUAAUAAAACCUACGCAUUGUGUUUGGCGUUUUUCGCCUUCGCAGUGCCAGUCGGCGCAAUGAUAUACGCCUAUUACAAGAUCUAUUGCAUAGCAAGGGCUUCGAAGAGAGCCGCAGCUCGUUAUGAUCCCCAAAAGGAAGAGUCACCGCAAGGUGAGCGCGUUCCACUGAAAGAAAGCACUGCUACAAAACACACACAUGCUGCUGCAACUGCUGACGACAACAAAGCCCUGAAAACGGUCUUGUUGCUGAUUGGUUCAUUCGCUGCCUGCUGGUCGAUCUACACCCUAGCAACCGUCUGGAGGAUAUUGGCGUCAAAUUCCGUUCCCCCGUGGAUUGUUCGCGUUGGACUGGUACUUACUCUCUGUAACUGCUGCAUCGACCCGUUCAUAUAUUCAAUCCGAGAUGAGAAGAUGAAACGAGAAAUCAAGGAAAUGAUCUGCAAGAUUCUGUGUAGAAACACAUGAAAUCAUUAUCCUAAACGCUACUUACCAAAGGAUAUUGCACUAUUUGAAGACUGGUCUACAGGCAUUAAAGAUUUGCCUGCAUCUAAAGCCAAAUCUAUCGAGAAAUUACAGAGUUGAUCAUGUCAAAAUUGUUCGCGCUCCUUUUGAUUUUCCUUUCUCCAGCUAUAAUCCCUAAGAACCUGCCAGUCGAAUUUUAAAAAUAGUGAGAACUGUUUAGUCUUAUACCCAUACCUUCCAUGGCCAAGCGGUUGUAAGUUCCCUAGAUUUACAAUUAUACGGUAGGACCUGGGUACGAGGUUAGUAAAUAGAGUAAGAAUGAU